CAUCUUUCGUCAAAGCACGAGCAUAGAUUUUCUCCAUCCAUAGUCUCGUUCAACUUUUUGGAGAGAUGUGAGCAUGUUUGACCGGACUCAGUCGGGAGAGCCUAACCCCUACAUAUGUACACAGCAAGCAGGGGAAAAAAGGUUAGGAGGGAUUGUAGAUACAACAGUGCGGAGCUUGUUGUAAGAGACAAGGUUGUGGUGGUCGUCAUCUGCGUGCACCAGUUUCCAGAGGAGAAACCACAGCUUAAGUGAUGACAUGCUUUGGGAGAAGUGGAGCGAGACAGUACAACCGAUCUGAAACCCCCCGCAUCCGGUGGACCGAGGACCUCCAUCGCCGCUUCAUCCAAGCUGUCGCGAGCCUCGGAGGAGAGAACAAAGCAACUCCAAAGCAAAUCUUACAACUGAUGAGUGUGAAGGGACUCGGGAUGUCUCAUGUUAAAAGCCACCUGCAAAUGUACAGAAUCACCAUCAGCCAAGCCAAACUCCACAAGUUUCCAUCCACAGACAACAAGAACAGGAGGAGGAGAACACAGCAUUACACUUCUUUUGUUGAUUCCACUUCACCAGUACUUCAUUGUGAAGAUCCACGGAUGAACUCCAGACUCGGCUGCAACUACAUCUUCCAAUUACCAUCAUUUGAAGGUGUGAUGAGAGAGUUGAUCUCAAGGAGCAUAAAUAAUGACACAAAUAAUUUUGGAUAUAUUGAAAGAGAUCUAUCCAACCAAGAUGACGAGUUACUUCAGCUGGAUUGCGAGCUGACUCUAUCAUCUUUCAACCAUCAGAAGCCAGAAGAAACAGUGGUUCCCAGGAUCACAAGCAGUGAAGGUUCCAUUGGCUGUAGAGACCCAACUUGCAGUCACCUUGACCUGGAGCUGGCAAUCUCAUCUCCUAGUUCUUGUCAUCUCAUCGGACAGUUGGAGAGUGAAUGAGUUAAUACACUGAGAUCAUCUUGUGCAGAGGAGUAAAGAUGAAUUAUUAGCACAUAUAUAUAUAUAUAUAUAGAGAGAGAGAGAGAGAGAGAGAGAGAGAGAGAGAGAGAAUCUAGGUUGUUACCACUUAGGGUAUGUAUAAAAUGUCGUAUUGACCUUCAUCCAAGUACUGAAAUUAGUGAAAGUUAUCGGUGUGCAGUGAUGGGAACAAACAGCACAAUGAAGGCAU